AUGAAGAGUGCUGUAGAAACGUCUGGCAGGGAAGGAGGCAAGAAGAAGCCGGUGAAGGCACCAAAGAAACAGAACAAGGAGCUUGAUAAUGACGAGCUGGCUUACAAGCAGAAGCAAAAAGAGGACCAGAAGGCUCUGGAUGCCCUGAAGGUCAAAGCUGCAGGAAAGGGACCUCUUACAGGCAGUAGUAUCAAGAAAUCAGGCAAGUAAAAUCAGAAUUUCAAGACAACCGUUUGCUGCUGACUCCCAGAUCCCUCGGUUUCUGCCCCGAAUGAUG